GGCGGGGCGCAGGAGCCGCGGGCGGCGGCCGGGGCGGAGGAGCCAGCGCGGCCCAUGGCUCCGCGGCUGCCGCUGCUGCUGCUGCUGCUGUUGCUGCUGCUGCCGGCGGCGCUGCUGGUGCCGGCGGCGGCGGCGGCGGCGGCAGGAGGGGGGCGACGGGCGGCGGUCGCCGACGGGACGGUCGCUAACUUGACGGUGGCGGUGGUACUGCCCGAGCGCAACGUGAGCUACGCGUGGGCUUGGCCGCGCGUGGGGCCGGCGCUGAGCCUGGCGCUGGAAGCGCUGGAGCGGGGCGAACCGCCGCUAUUGCCGCGGCCCUUCUCGGUGCGCGUCGAGUUCAUGAGCUCGGAGCUGGAGGGCGCUUGCUCCGAGUACGUGGCACCGCUCAACGCCGUGGACCUGAAGCUCUACCACGACCCCGACGUCCUUUUCGGGCCAGGCUGCGUCUACCCCGCCGCUUCCGUGGGGCGCUUCGCCUCACACUGGCGGCUGCCGCUCAUCACCGGCGGGGCGGUGGCAGCCGGUUUCAGCCGCAAACGGGAGCAUUACAGCACGACGGUGCGUACCGGGCCCUCAGCACCUAAACUGGGCGCCUUCGUCUCCCACCUCCACGCUCACUUCAACUGGAGCGCCCGCGCCGUCCUCCUCUACGUGGACCGCAAGACCGACGACCGACCCUACUACUUCACCGUCGAGGGCGUCUACCAGGAGCUGCAGGACGGCAGCAACCUCACCGUGCGCCAUCACAUCUACUCCCCCGAUGAGGGCGGCCCCGACACUGCCGUGCACUUCAUCAAGGCCAACGGGCGCGUGGUGUAUCUCUGUGGGCCGCCGGAGAUGCUGCGGCAGAUCAUGCAGCUGGCACAGCGGGAGAACCUCACCAACGGCGAUUACGUCUUCUUCUACCUGGAUGUCUUCGGGGAAAGCCUGCGGGGCGACUCUGCCCGUGACCCCUUCAAGCCCUGGCAGCAGAGCCCGGGCCAGGACUCGGGGCUGCGUGAGGCUUUCCAGAUGGUGCUGGUGAUCACCUACUAUGAGCCCCAAAACCCUGAGUACCAGCACUUCCAAACCCAGCUCAUCCUGCGAGCCAAGCAAAAAUUUGGGGUGCAGCUCAACUACUCCCUGAUGAACCUGGUGGCGGGGUGUUUCUAUGAUGGGAUGCUGCUGUACGCCAUGGUACUGAACGAGACCCUGCAGGAGGGUGGCUCCAAGAAAAACGCCACCCACAUCAUUGAGAAGAUGCGGGACCGCAAGUUCCAGGGGGUGACAGGGCUGGUGAGCAUGGACAGCAACAAUGACCGGGACACUGACUUCAACCUGUGGGCAAUGGGUGACCCCAAGAGCGGGCAGUAUGAGGUGGUGGGACACUACUCGGGUGUGGAGAAGCAGAUCCACUGGCUGGGACGACCCAUUCCCUGGGUGAAAGGGGCCCCCCCCUUGGACAACCCACCCUGUGUCUUCGACGUGGAUGACCCCUCCUGCGAUAAAACCCCCCUCUCCAUGCUGGCGAUCGUGGCUUUGGGCACUGGCCUCACCUUUGUCAUGUUUGGCAUCUCCAGCUUCCUCAUCUUCAGGAAGCUGAUGCUGGAGAAGGAGCUUGCCAGCAUGCUGUGGAGGAUCCGCUGGGAUGAGCUGCAAUUUGGGAGCCCUGAGCGGUACCACAAGACAGCAGGCAGCCGGCUCACCUUGUCCCUGCGUGGCUCCAGCUACGGCUCCUUGAUGACCACCCAUGGCAAGUACCAGAUCUUCGCCAACACCGGCCACUUCAAGGGGAACGUGGUAGCCAUCAAGCACAUCAACAAGAAACGCAUUGAGCUGACACGGCAGGUGCUCUUCGAGCUGAAACACAUGCGGGACAUCCAGUUCAACCACCUGACCCGCUUCAUCGGGGCGUGCAUCGACCCCCCUAACAUCUGCAUCAUCACUGAGUACUGCCCACGGGGCAGCCUGCAGGACGUCCUGGAGAAUGACAGCAUCAACCUGGACUGGAUGUUUCGCUAUUCCCUCAUCAACGACAUUGUCAAGGGAAUGGCCUUCCUGCACAACAGCAUCAUCGGCCACCACGGCAGCCUCAAGUCAUCCAACUGCGUGGUGGACAGCCGCUUCGUGCUGAAGAUCACUGACUACGGGCUGGCUAGCUUCCGCUCACCCUGUGAUGGCGAGGACACACACGCCCUCUAUGCCAAGAAGCUGUGGACGGCUCCAGAGCUGCUGCAGAAGGGGCGCCUGCCCACCCCAGGUAUGCAGAAAGCUGACGUCUACAGCUUUGGUAUCAUCGUGCAGGAGGUCGCCCUGCGCAAUGGCCCCUUCUACAUCGAGGGCAUGGACCUGAGCCCCAAAGAGAUUGUGCAGAAGGUGCGUAACAGCCAGAAGCCCUUCUUCCGCCCCUCCAUCGACAUCGGGGUGCACAGUGAGGAGCUGGCAGUGCUGAUGGAGCGCUGCUGGGCGCAGGAGCCGGCCGAGCGCCCCGACUUCAGCCAGAUCAAGAUUUUCAUCCGUAGAUUCAACAAGGAGGGCAGCACCAGCAUCCUGGACAACCUGCUGUCACGCAUGGAGCAGUAUGCCAACAACCUGGAGAAGCUAGUGGAAGAGCGGACGCAGGCCUACCUGGAGGAGAAGCGCAAGGCAGAGAACCUCCUCUACCAGAUCCUGCCCCACUCCGUGGCGGAGCAGCUGAAGCGCGGGGAGACAGUGCGGGCCGAGGCUUUCGACAGUGUCACCAUCUACUUCAGCGACAUCGUGGGCUUCACCGCCCUCUCAGCAGAGAGCACCCCCAUGCAGGUUGUGACGCUGCUGAACGAUCUCUACACUUGCUUUGAUGCCAUCAUCGACAACUUUGAUGUCUACAAGGUGGAGACCAUCGGGGAUGCCUACAUGGUGGUGUCAGGACUGCCGGUGCGCAACGGGAAGCUGCACGCCCGUGAGAUCGUCCGCAUGGCUCUGGCCCUGCUUGAGGCUGUAAAAACUUUCAAGAUCCGGCACCGCCCCAACGACCAGCUCCACCUGCGCAUUGGCGUACACACCGCCCCGGGCUUCUCUCUGGCCACAGGUCCUGUGUGCGCUGGAGUCGUGGGUCUGAAGAUGCCGCGGUACUGCCUGUUUGGGGACACGGUGAACACUGCAUCCCGCAUGGAGUCCAAUGGCCAGGCCCUGAAGAUCCACGUCUCAUCCACCACCAAGGAAGUCCUGGAUGAGUUUGGCUGCUUUGAACUGGAGCUGCGCGGGGAUGUGGAGAUGAAGGGCAAGGGGAAGAUGCGGACAUACUGGCUGCUGGGUGAGAGGAAAGACCCCAAAGUCAUCUGAGCCUGGCGGCAGUGGUGGAGUCCCCAGCCCCGAUGGGGCCACCAUGCUUCCCGGUGCCUGGACCCCCAGGAUGCACCGGGGACCCCCCCCGUUACUGCAGCCCCCCCCCCCCACCGCAGCCUCCCUGCUUCAGCAGGGCUCAGGCACGGGGGGGCCAGCGGCCACAGCACCACCUGCCCCCCCUCCAUCGGCACCAGCAAAGCCCACCUCCCCCCCUCCUGCAGCCUCUGCGGGAGGGGUGGAACCGGCCCUGAUCCAGCCCAGGGGACCCUGUAUCCCCCCACUCCGGGUCCUGUCCCCCCUGCCCUCUCCCCUGUAGCUCAGCUGGCUCUGAGCUGCUCCCGGGGCCUGGCUGCCCCGCAGGACACUUUGCUGUCUCUUUUCAGUACCUGCCCCCCGGCAGAAGUUGCGCCCAUGUCACCCCCUCCCUGGGCGGGGGAAAUGCGGGCUCCUGCUGGGACUGACCCCUUGGCCAGGGCAGGCUUCAAUGCCGCGGCUCCCCCCCCUCCCCAAUCUCCCCCUCCCCUGUAUAUAGCCCCACUGGGUCAUGUAAAUACCUCCCCCCCUCCCCCAGGUGUAAAUAUAGGAGUCGCUGCAAACUAUUUUGUUGAAAUACAAACUUCCCCAAAUC